AUGCCCUCAUAUCAACCCCGUAUUGCCAUUGUCGGUGGUGGCCCUGCUGGGCUCGCCAUGGGCCUCCUGCUUCAUCAGCAUUGCAUCCCUUACACUAUCUUCGAGCUUCGUCAGAAGCCUACUGAUGAGGAGCUUCGCAAGCCCUCUGGUAUGCUUGAUCUUCACGAAGGAUCUGGUCUCACAGUCAUGAAGGAAUGUGGCUUGUACGACGAUUUUAUCCCCCUCACUGGGGAGUGCUCCCAGGAUUUCGUCGUCGCAGAUAAGGACGGCAAGGUCCUGCACACUCUGCAGAGUGACGGUACACGACCUGAAGUCUCGCGGAACAACUUGACCAAACUGUUCCUGGCCACCAUCCCGCCCGAGAACAUAAAAUGGGGCCAUAAGCUCCUGUCAGCAACCAGACCUGCCGGUACCGACAGCGCCGAGACCGAGCUUGACUUCGGCACACAUGGAAAAUACACGUUUGACUUUGUGGCCGGAGCAGACGGUGCUUGGUCGGUGGUCCGGAAGUUACUCACCGACCAGAGACCCGAAUUCACCGGCAUGUACAACGCGACCGUCACUAUCAAACACAUCACCAAGAAGUACCCCCACCUAGCUGAUCUGAUCGGGACUGGAUCGUUCACCUCCCUGGGCCGGAGACAUGGCGUGAUCUCGCAGCGGGGCUCUUACGACUCGGCACGGAUCUUCAUAUGGCUUACCGUGGCCGACAUAAACUUUACACCGACCGUCGAGCUUGUUGGCAAGCCAGCGUCGAGCGCCAAGGACAAGUUGCUGAAGAACGACGAGCUGCUCGGCACAUUUGGCGACACAAUCAAAGACUUGGUUGCCACCGCAUGCGACGAGGAGACAGCAGACAACCCCGGCGCAAGCCUCGAUAUUCGAGCCUUGCAUGCGAUUCCGUAUGGGAGCUCGUGGGCACACCAGAAGGGAGUGACGCUCGUGGGCGACGCCGCUCACCUGAUGCUCCCGAACGGAGAAGGCGUCAACUUUGCCAUGUUCGACUCUCUCCUGCUCUCCCGGGCCAUCAUCAAGGCAUGGACGACGGCUGGACAGGGCGUUGAAUCCUUCCAGGCAGCUAUUGAUCCGCUAUUGAAAGAGUACGAGGCCGGAAUGAUGGUGCGCGCCAAGGAGGCAGCUACCGAUACUGAGCGCAUUAUUGGAAGUAUGUUUGGUAGUGAUGACGCGGUGCAGCGUACAGCUGAUCUCCUCCGGAGUUUCGGGGAGCCGCCAUCGCCGGAGUACAAAUGA